ACAAUCCUUUGCGCUGCCCUAGACUUGCCAGUCAUUGUCGCGACGAACGAGCGAGCGGCGGAAAACUAAAGAGGAAAUUUGUUGUUGUUUUUGCGUUGUUUUUGAGCAGCAAAACGAUGAAGGAGACGGCGGCCAAGCGGCGCGACAGAGCGGGAGGCCGAGACCGAGACUCCAAGGCCGACAAGCCCAAGGAGGCCCCCGGCGCCGAGCCACAGGACGUCGACAUGCCGGAGGCGGAGGCUACCAGCUCGGUCAAGCCGCCCAAGGAGCUCGACAGCCUGACCCUGGAAGACAUCAAGGAGCACGUGAAGCAGAUCGAGAAGGCGGUGUCGGGCAAGGAGCCUCGCUUCGUGCUGCGAGCGCUGCGAGCGUUGCCGUCCACCAGCCGCCGCCUCAACACGCUGGUGCUGCACAAAACCAUCAGCGGCUUCUUCACCAACAACGCCGCCACCAGAGACUUCCUGCUCGCCUUCCUGGACGAGCCCAUGGACCUGGUGGACGGGGACGUGCCGUUCCGUCCCAGGACGGGGAAGGCGGCCGGCAACCCUCUGCUCCCGGAGGUGGAGGCAUACCUGCAGCUGCUUCUGGUGGUGCACCUGACCAACAACAAGAGGUUCAGCGAGGCUCAGAAGGUUUCUGACGACCUGCUGCAGAAGAUGGCCUCCAAGAACCGCCGGGCUCUGGACCUGGUGGCCGCCAAGUGCUAUUACUACCACGCACGUGUCUACGAGUUCCUCAACCAGCUGGACAGCAUCCGCAGCUUCCUGCACACGCGCCUGCGCACGGCGACGCUGCGUCACGACGCCGACGGCCAGGCGGUUCUCCUCAACCUCCUGCUGAGGAAUUACCUCAACUUCAACCUCUACGAUCAGGCCGAGAAGCUCGUGUCCAAGUCGGUCUUCCCAGAACUCGCCAACAACAACGAGUGGGCCCGAUACCUCUACUACACCGGUCGCAUCAAAGCCAUCCAGCUGGAAUAUUCCGAGGCUCGCCGGACUUUAACCAACGCGCUGAGGAAAGCCCCCCAACACACCGCCGUGGGGUUCAAGCAGACGGUGCACAAGCUGCUGAUUGUGGUGGAGUUGUUGCUGGGAGAAAUUCCCGACAGGCUUCAGUUCAGGCAGCCGUCGCUCAAGAGGUCACUCAUGCCCUACUUCCUGCUCACUCAGGCGGUGAGAACGGGCAACCUGUCCAAGUUCAACCAAGCCUUGGAGCAGUUUGGCGAGAAGUUCCAGACGGACGGCACGUACACGCUCAUCAUCCGCCUCAGACACAACGUCAUCAAGACAGGCGUGCGUAUGAUCAGCCUGUCGUACUCGCGCAUCUCGCUGGCCGACAUCGCUCUCAAGCUGCAGCUGGACAGUCCCGAGGACGCGGAGUUCAUCGUGGCCAAGGCCAUCCGAGACGGCGUGAUCGAGGCGAGCAUCAACCACGAGAAAGGCUUCGUCCGGUCCAAGGAGACCAUGGACAUCUACGGCACCCGAGAACCUCAGCUGGCCUUUCACCAGAGGAUCUCCUUCUGCCUCGACAUUCACAACAUGUCUGUCAAGGCCAUGAGGUUUCCGCCGAAAGCUUACAACAAGGACUUGGAGUCGGCCGAGGAGCGUCGCGAGCGUGAGCAGCAGGAUCUGGAGUUCGCCAAAGAAAUGGCCGAAGAUGACGACGACAGCUUCCCCUGAGCCCCUCCCUCCCUUGUCUGAUGUUUAUUACCCACAAUGCCACUCUUGUCUGGUUCUUUUAUUGUGUGAACAAAUAAAGAUGGCGAGCUUGUAA